AUGAUGCUGCGUACUGCCACGAAUGCUAUCAUUAUCAAUCUGGCUUUCACUGACAUUGGCGUAGCCGGUAUUGGUUACCCCAUGUCGGCAGCCUCAGACUUGCACGGGAGCUGGAAAUUUGGUUACACAGGCUGCCAGAUCUAUGCUGCCUUGAAUAUAUUCUUCGGAAUGACUAGUAUUGGACUGCUCACUGUGGUUGCCAUUGACCGAUACCUUACCAUAUGUCGACCUGACAUAGGACAGAAGCUGACAACAGUAUCAUACACGCUUGUAAUUGUGGCUGCUUGGCUGAAUGCUGUGUUUUGGUCAUCUAUGCCCAUGGUUGGUUGGGCAGGAUGUGCUCCCGACCCCACAGGAGCCACCUGCACCAUCAACUGGAGGAACAAUGACACAUCUUUUGUGUCCUACACAAUGACUGUGAUCACUGUCAACUUCAUCAUUCCUCUAGCGGUCAUGUUCUACUGCUACUACAACGUCUCAGUUACUGUGAAGAGAUACAAAGCCAGUAACUGCCUAGACAGCAUCAACAUGGAUUGGUCAGAUCAGAUGGGCGUUACCAAGCUGCCCUGA